AUGGGAAAAUCACAGGGAUCAGCAUUAUACCAGAAAGCAGAGAAAAAGGCAAACCAAUCAGGUGGAUUGUUUAGCUGGGGCGCUAGUGCUAACAGGGAGCGCAAGCAGGAUGCAGCAGAUAUGUUCAGAGAUGCAGCGAAUAAGUUCAAAAUCGACCAGAUGUUCAAGGAGGCUGGUGAAGCCUUUGUCAGGGCUGGAGAAUGCGCCAUAAAAGCAGACGAGAGGAAUGAAGCUAACCAGCAUUUCUGGGAGGCAGGCAAGGCAUAUAAGCAAUCAAAUCCAGAGCUCGCCGUAGACGCCUACCAGAGAGCAGUGAAUGGACUGCUCGAAUCAGGCAGAUUCAGACAAGCUGCUGACAGAAUGAAAGAGAUCGCCUCGAUACAUCUCACAGAGCAGGGCGAUCUCACACUGGCUCUGGAAUCCUACGAGAAAUCCGCGCAGUGGUACGAACAGGAGGAUGCAAAGGCAACAGCAAGCGCGUGUUACAAAGACGUCGCAGAUAUCGCAGCACAACUCGAGCAGUACAAACGCGCUAUUAGUAACUACGAUAAGGUGAUUAAACAGUCACUCGAAUCACCCCUCACCAGAUUCAGCGUGAAGGAUUACUUCUUCAAGGCUGGGCUUUGUUGGCUCGCUGCGGGUGAUAUUGUUGAUGCGGGACGCGCUAUUGCGGAAUACACCCAAAUGGAUCCCUCCUUCCAGCAGUCGCGCGAAUAUAAAUUCUUAUCAGGCGCUAUUGACGCCAUCGAGCAGGGCGAUCAGGAGCAGUACACGGGACUAGUUGUGGAUUACGACAAGAUGACUAAAUUGGAUAACUGGAAGACGACGAUAAUGCUCAAGAUAAAGAGAUCGAUCGAUGAAGAGCCUGGACUGACCUGA